ACAGGGCAACGCUGCAACCACCCAGGGAAGAGUCUGGCGAUUAAUUUUAUGUGUACCUCAGGUUUAUUUAAAUCUAGAAAUUCUUAUGUACUUCAUUUUUAUUUUUAAAUCUAAGGUUUGAAUAACGUUUGUGUUUAAAGGUAGUUAACGUUAGUUUUGAUUUGAAUUCACGCGUAUAUGGGAGCAAGCGAGCUUUCAGAGCUAAACUAACGUCGGUUGAGGUAGGGUUAACAAUAGUUUGAUCUUUGGAACUAUUAUCGAUACCUCGGCUGCUGAAGAGUUUCAAUCGUUUCUUUUAAAGACGCCGAAGGAAAGCUUUGAUCCAAAAUGAGUGCAGGCAUUGCGAAGCCGGCGAAUCCGUCGGCACAUGUCGACCCGAAAUCAGCUCCUCUGAAAGAAAUCCCAGAUGUUCUGGUUGAUUCACGCACCAUGAGAAGAUACGCCAGGGGAAGAUUCCUCGGCAAAGGUGGUUUCGCCAAAUGCUACGAAAUCACAGAUUUGGAGACGAAGCAGGUUUUCGCCGGAAAAAUCGUGCCCAAGUCGCUUAUCCUGAAGCAGCACCAGAGGGAGAAGAUGACCUCUGAAAUCGCCAUCCAUAAGAGCCUCGACCACCCGAACAUCGUCGGCUUUCACGGGUUUUUCGAAGACGACGACUUCGUCUUUGUUGUCUUGGAGAUCUGCAGGAGAAGGUCCUUGUUGGAGUUGCACAAGCGUCGUAAGGCCGUGACUGAGCCUGAGACUCGCUACUACAUGACACAACUGCUCAAGGGUGUCCAGUACCUGCACAACAACAGAGUGAUCCACAGAGACCUGAAACUGGGAAACAUCUUCCUAAACGAUGACAUGGAGGUCAAGAUAGGUGACUUUGGUUUGGCCACUAAGAUCGAGUUUGAUGGCGAGAGGAAGAAGACCUUGUGUGGAACGCCCAACUACAUUGCACCGGAAGUGCUUUGCAAGAAAGGCCACAGCUAUGAAGUGGACGUCUGGUCGCUUGGGUGUAUAUUGUACACUUUGUUGGUGGGUAAACCCCCAUUCGAGACCUCCUGUCUGAAGGAGACUUACAACCGCAUCAAGAAGAACAGCUACACCAUCCCCUGGCACAUCAACCCGGCCGCAUCCUCGCUCAUCAAGCGGAUGCUGCACGCCGAUCCCGCCCAAAGGCCUACCAUCGCUGACCUCCAGGCGGACGAGUUCUUCACGACCGGCUACGUCCCCUCGCGCCUGCCCACUACUUGCCUCACUGUGCCCCCGCGGUUCUCCAUGGGCCCCUCCACAGCUGCGGAGCUCAACCAGAGACGCCCACUGACCGCUAUUAACAACAAGGCAGGAACAGAGAAGGUGGAUGUGAAGGAUGAGCCUGUCCAAAGGGAGGCUGAACCUGCAGAAAACAACCUGAAAGAUAUGCUGCAGCAGCUCAACAGCAUCAUUGCUGCCAAGCCCUCUGAGAAGGCCGUCAUCUGCCAAGAAGAGGCAGAGGAUCCUGCAUGUAUUCCCAUCUUCUGGAUCAGCAAAUGGGUGGACUACUCUGACAAAUAUGGAUUAGGCUACCAGCUGUGUGACAACAGCGUGGGUGUGCUGUUCAACGAUUACACACGUCUGAUCAUGUACGCCGACGGGGACAGCCUGCAGUACAUCGACAAGACGGCAGCAGAAUCCUACCUCAACGUGCGCUCGUACCCUUCGGCUCUCAACAAGAAGAUAACUUUGCUGAAAUAUUUCCGCAACUACAUGAGCGAGCACCUGCUGAAGGCCGGAGCGAACAUCGCACGGCGGGAAGGAGACGAGCUGGCACGGCUGCCUUACCUCUCCCUCUGGUUCAGGACCAAGAGCGCCAUCGUCCUGCACCUCACCAACGGCACCGUUCAGAUCAACUUCUUCCAGGACCACACCAAGCUGAUCCUGUGUCCGCUGAUGGCCGCGGUGACCUACAUCGACGAGAAGCGAGACUUCCGCACCUACAAGCUGUCUCUGCUGGAGGAGUUCGGCUGCACCAAGGAGCUGGCCAGCCGCCUCCGCUACGCCAAGCUCAUGGUGGAGAAACUGCUGGACCGAUAGCCUCCCCCCCCCACCCCUGCCACGUUAGACCACCUAACACCACUUGUUCACUCUGUCUUUAAUCACUGGCCGCUUCUUCCUGCCCGCCAGCCUCUCUGGCGACGGAACAGACCCUUAAAGUCACGUGUAUUUUGUUGAAGAUUCUAGCAGUUGCUGUGUCACCUCUGAGGCUUUGACACGUACCAUGAAAUUUUAAUCUCCCCCAUGGUUGUACACGAACGUUGAAUUUCACUCGCUCAGCCACUGAUUUUUAUCCUUCCCCCUCCCGUUUCUCUUACCUUUAACUUUCCUCAUGAAGCUUACUCCUGACGAACCCAUUCCUGCUGACGUGAUCUGAGACGGCUGGUAGCACAGCACACGUGGCCCCGUACAAUCAAAUGCGUCUUGGAGGGAAGGAAAGACGAAAGAUGAUGAUGAUGUGUCCUUGUGUUUAAAAUUCAUCUUCGGGUUUAUACAUUCCUCAAGCGUUCUGUUCGUUUGCAUUUGUUUAUCAGUCACGCUUCUAAGAUGGUUAGAUGGGCUGACGCUCAGACUGGCUGUGUGGACGGAGGGAAAACGAAAGCUUCUCUGGUCUGCUUCUCAAGUUUCGUCUGUUUUUAUAUGUGUUGUAUGUAGAGAAAAGGACCAUGUGAUUAUGUCUUCAUCAUGUACAUUCUUCUUCUAGUUACUUCUUACGCUUUGUCUAUUUUAGAUGUUCUUUUCAACAAGAUGUGCAAACUUGUACAUACUGCUGAAUAUGCAUACAUGUUGUAAAGAUUUUAAUUUUACACAAGUUCAAAUAAACAUUUUCUGAAAGAUGACAAAUUAA